AUGUCGGUGCUCAUCACGGGCGGUCUCUCAGCGUUCUCCGUCAAACUGUCUGAAGUGCUUCUGGCGCAAGGCACUCGUGUCCACCUCCUUCACAACGGACAAAACGAGACGGUAAGUGCGAUGGUCGGAAAACGCGCUCUAUUGAUAAUUUUUGCGUAGAUCCCCAAGGCGCUGCUCGCUCAUCCGGCCUUCGUUCUGCUCAAUUUGGCGUCGGUGAACGAGGACGGCGUGAGACGUGUGAUUGUGGAAAAUCGAAUCGAAACGGUGUUCGACGCCUCCCUGACGACGCGUGACGUGGAAAAAGAGCCGAUUGUGGCGGCGAAAACGCUGAUUUUGGUAGGCGUAUUCUUACUGUGGACACGGGUAAUGGUACUGUCAAUUUGAAGGGAGUCACCGCUGUCCUUGAUGCCAUCCGCACUUCUCAAUCUCCAGUUCUCUCAUCGUUUGUCCUCGUCUCCGGAGAAGAGGUGUACGGUAGAUCUGCGGUUCGUGUCGAAACCCAACCCCUGGAGCCCAUCUCGUUCCGCGGCUCCGCACAAAUGUCCGUAGAAGCGAUGGCGCACAGUUACGCGGUGAGCUACCGUAUUCCGAUUGUUAUUGGCCGACUGCCAAGUGUUUUGGUGUCGUCUAAACGAGAGUUGGAGCAAGAAACGAGCCGAUUGGGUUUGAGUGCAGGUAUAUUAGCUGUCUGUAGAGAUAUCAAAAACUUGUCAACUGAUAAAAUGUACACAAUUUUCGCAUGAGCAGUUUAUCAGUUGACAACACUUUGAGUUCUCUUCAGCCAACUGAGAUAUUGUAGUUUUAAUGUUUUCAGACACCUUCGUCAACUAUCUAACCCUCGAAGACGCUGCUCAAGGAAUUUUGAGCAUUGCCAAGUUGGCGGACCCCCAAAACGCCGCCAAUGUGCUCAAUAUUUCCAACGCGCUCGAGCAUCGCGUCGGAAAUUUGUCCGAAACUCGUCCAUCCCUAUUUUCUAACGAAAAAGUGAAGAAAGCGAGCGGCUGGAGCCCGAGAGCCGGCGAAUUGACAGUCGAGACUAAAGAGCUGGUGCCAGUUGUUCCGCUUUUUUUGGUUUAUGGAGCAGCCAGGAACCAGUUUUUGGAGUUGGCAAGGGCCGACGGAGUAGAUGUGAAGGUUUCUCAAUUCUCAAUAGAGCGCACUUGCAAACCAUCUUUCAGCAAUCGUCAAUCACAAAUUUGCAAGAAGCGAGCGACAAGACGGUUUCCGAUGAGAUCUCCGCUCUCAAACCGUCUCACUUGAUCUAUUUUUCGAACGAAACCGGUAAGCAAUCGCGCCCCCGUCGCGAAUUAAUUCAAAUUUUCAAUAGAGCCCACUUGCAGACGCGUUCGAAGGCGAUUGUUUCACUCUUCGCACAAACGUCGCCACGAAUCUCUACUUCCCGUGGCUUUUGGCGAGUCUUGCCGAGAAGAAUGCGUUGCAUUUCACUCAUUUCGGCGAUCAAGACGAUAAUAUCGAAACUUCGGCGAACGCGGUCAAGGGACACGCCGGAAAGAUGUUGGCGCAGUUCCAGAACACUCUCAAACUGGGUCAGAAAUGCAAUGACUAUAAAACCGCGUUGGAACUCAUCAAAACGCAUCAGACGGGCGGUCUCAACAAUAACAUUUGA